AUGAAUCAGCUCAAGACAAAAUUGUCGCGUACCAUAUUCCAGCGGAAAUAUUCGGAUGGCAAACGAACACAAGAACAUUCGAUUUCCUCUAGCGACAAUUCAAAUAUUGCCUCGACAACUAAUCGAGUGAAAACCGAUUCAAACUCAUUUACAAGUGAGGCUUUUCUCGAUUGGGAAAAAACAGUUUACAGUCAUGACUGGUCGAUUCCCUUCAAACAUGAAGAACUAUUAGGUCAAUGCCUUUUGUCGGCUACCACACUUGCUCACGCCGGUAUCGCUGAUCAAAAUGAAAAUUGCAAAAGAUUCAUGGAAAUUCUGAUUCCGGAUACCGUUAAAAAGUUACUAUAUUCAUAUCAUGUCAGCACAUGGACAAACGAAGUACAACUAAGCAUAUUCAAUAUGAUCGAAUUAUUAAUCGACUUGAUUGCAGUUCGUCUUUCCUACAGACCUGUUCCUGUUCAAUUGCUCGAAACAUUAGCUAUGCUCUUCGAUUGUGAUUCCGUAUUUCAACUCAAACAUAAAAAUAAACCUUACGAAUAUUCACUUGACCAAACAUUAGGUGAUCGUGUCUUAGCCACUCCACCAGCGUCAUCAAUCUUCUCGGUCCAUCAUCAAAAAGAUACAUAUGGCUGGCUGUGUCAAAUUAUUAAUCGAUUCGUUUUGAAAAAUGGAAUCAAAAAUUUAAGAAAACAAUUUCAAGAUGAACAACGACUGACUGCUCUAGAAUAUCAUGCUUUGUUGAUGCCAUUCGUCAAUUGUAUGAAUUAUCUUAUCAAGGCACGAUAUCGACAAUUGUUCAGUAAGGAAAUCGAUCAAGUCCUUGAUUAUAUAGAAGAUUUGAAUGAAGAAAAUUUCAAAGAGAACUCAAUAAAUGACGCGUUUGAACUAUUAUCUAUUCUACGAAAAAUCUAUUCGUCUGCUCGAUCAAAUUGUGUUGAACAUGUCAACAAAGUGUAUUUGAAUCUUAUUCUAAAAAUGGUCACUCUAUCGAAUUUCGAUGCCAAAAUGAAUUCAUUGAACGAACAGCUCGCUAAAAUCAUCGAAGAUAGUAUAUUGAUUCCACAUAAUGUAAUCACCAAAUAUAUUAUAAAAAAUUCAAUCCUAUGGAAAGUACUCGAAGGAAAUAUCGAUCAAAAGCAGUACAUGGGAAAAGUACGAAUAUUAAUGGAUUUUAUUGCACCACACAUCUCGAAAGAAGAAAUUGAAAAGAUCUGGAAAAUGCAGCAUGGUCGGUCAUUUGUUAGUGUCGUUCAUCUAUUCACAUUGAUCACCAGUGCAGCAGCAAAAUUCAAUUUAGAACAAAUCAACCAUUUGAUUGGUUGUAUCUAUAAGUCAUGGAAAAUAGAAACGGCAUCUGCUCAAGAGAAACUUAUCGUAUUGUUGAGUGUAAUUGGACGUCAAUGUAAACAAGAAUCGAUUGGUCGGGUCUUGGAAAGCUUAUGGAUCAUGGCACACGAAAAUGGUCUCAGUCGAUCGAUGCUCGAUCGUCUUCUUCGUAAGCGACGCAUCUCGGACCUGGAUCCGUUUUAUCUUUCUCCUAUAGGCAAUGCUUGCCUCAAACUAUAUGAUGAAAACUGCAGACAAUCACUGAAACCGACCUUGGAUUCUAACGCAUCGUCGACCUAUUCAAUUAUUAAAAGAGAUCUGAAUUCAUUGAUUGGCAUUCAUCAAGGUGAUUUAACAGCAGAACAAACCGAUAUUAUCGUUCAAACUCCAGAAAGAAAACCAAUAUCAAUGACAAUUGCAAAAGGAACUGUGGAAAUUCAAAUCGGAGAUAUAACAGCACAAAAGGUUGAUGUUAUUGUUGGAAGCUCAUCAUCGCACAUCUUAAAAAGAGCAAUAAUGAAUGCGGCUGGUAGUGACGUUCAAAUGGCAUAUGCAAAAGAAUAUAAAAGUAAUCCAGAUUCAUUAACACUUUCGAUUUCAUCUGGUCAACUACCUUGCAAACGAAUAUUUUUUGUCAAAUGGGAGCCCAACACCGAUAAAGAAGUUCUUCAACAAUCAAUUGUUGACUUAAUAUGGAAUGUUAUUCAAAAUAUCAUUUUAAGUUUCGCCGGGAUAAAUGGUACAGUAUAUGGAUUUGGCGUUUAUUUUUCAUCAAACGCUACUUACAGUCACAACUAUGCUAUUCCAAAUGCUAAUGGGAAACGAUUUAUGUUUGUGUCUCGUGUUUUGGUGGGAAACACAAUCCUAGGGAAUGGUUCAAUGAAAACUCGACCCGUUGGAUUUGAUUCAACAACUGAUGAUAACCACAUUUUUGUUACGUAUCAUGAUGCACAAGCAUUUGCUGAAUACUUGAUUACCUACAAAUAG